UUCCUUGAUACAGAAAACCCCAGUCCUGUGUGCUGUCGGACCGCGCAGCGCCCGGCUCGUUGUUGAGGGCAUGGGCAGCGUCCCCAGGAGCUGUUACCCUGCAGCCGCACCUAACCGCGCUGCGUCCGCACUGCUCCGCAGACAGGAGCAGGCAGAGGUGCGUGAGCACCCGGCAGUCACCGAGAUGAGCGUUUUUUGCCACUUCGUGAAAUUGACACAAAAUCACUUUGUCCCGACUGAGAUUUUAAGUUGUCUUAGAAUUGCAGUCGGAAUGCAGAGGGUCCCCUCCAGCGGCAGUGAUUUAUCGGGGUUUGGGAGAUCAGGUGUAGAUGUUAUUUACAGUCUUAAAUUAUGUCUGAAUUGAGAUUUGGAUCUUGCAGUUUGUGUAAACUCUAUUGCCGUCUUGUUUUGAAAAGUAUAUUGAACAUACACCACUGUAACUGUGAACAGCUAUUAUUUCGAGACUGCAAAGGUUUCCCUGUGCCCUUAGUGCAGUGUAUCUCGUCAGUAUCAAUAAAGUGAUUCGUGGUGUCAUAGUUGAACACCACAGUGCCGUAAAACGUUACACUGAAAAGAAUCAGGCUGGGAAUGCAUGUCAGAUCACAGGGCCUCUCACCAUCUUUGCUCCAUGUGGAAACAUGAGAUGUAAGCUAACCAUGUCUUUAAAUUCAUCCACACUUUUAAAUGAAGAAAACUCUCAAGAACCAAAAAGAAAUACUGAACGUUUGGGAAGUCUAGAAUUGCAGACUCCAUCGUCGUUUCAAGAUAACCCACUUCAACAGCUACAGCUCGCAUCGCAGGAAGUACUUGAAAAGGCAAAGAAGAGUGGGAGAUCAAAAUGCCCUCAAUGCAGUAGUUCAAGGAUGUUUUAUUGUUAUACGUGCUUUGUUCCUGUUGAAACCGUCCCUACCAAAGAAAUUCCAACUGUGAAGUUACCUUUGAAGAUUGACAUUAUUAAACACCCAAAUGAAACAGAUGGCAAAAGCACUGCUGUGCACGCUAAGCUCCUGGCACCCGAUGAUGUUACAAUUUAUAAAUACCCCUGCAUUCCAGAAUACAAAGAAAAAAGACAUGAAAUAGCACUUAUAUUUCCUGGCCCCAAUUCAGUUUCAGUAAAAGAUAUUGCUUUCCAUCUCCAAAAGUAUGCUAAGAAAGGCAUUCACACUAACGAUGAUGACUGUUCCCGAGAACCAUUUCUUAAGCAAGCAAAACUUGAACCUAAAGAAGAAGAAAAAAAUCUAAAUGAAUGCAUCUCAACCAACGGGACUGAAGGCACUAGACUGAAGAAAAUAAUAUUUAUUGACAGUACCUGGAAUCAAACUAACAAAAUAAUAACUGAUGAACGACUUCAAGGGUUGCUGCAAAUUGAGUUGAAGACAAGGAAAACUUGCUUUUGGCGUCAUCAGAAGGGGAAGCCAGAUACAUACCUUUCCACAAUAGAAGCAAUUUAUUAUUUCCUUGUAGACUAUCAUCAGGAGAUUUUGAAAGAGAACUACAAAGGACAAUACGAUAAUCUGCUUUUUUUCUUUUCAUUUAUGUACACAUUGAUUAAAAAUGCCAAGUGUUGUGCAGCAAAAGAGUAGGAUGUCUGUCUAUAGUUUGAGUGCAUCUGGUUUUCCAGAGAGGCUUCUCCAGGCCCAACUGCAGAGUAACGUAGCGAUCUCUUCUCGCCUGCCUCUUGCACUGACUUUCAGUAUUUUGCCUCAAUGCUUUAAAAAUCAGUCUGUAUUCAUAAGCUGUGUCAUAGCAUACUUAUAGAAAAAGUAACAUGAUACAAAAAUCUAUUCCACCUAUAGCUGUCUUUGAAAACACCAAAUUAAGGGGGGGGUGGGAUGUGAACAACUUCCUACUAGUUUCCCAUCAUCUACUAUAAUGCAGUUAAUACAUACCAUUAACUUGUCCCAGAGAAUUCCAAAACGCUGAGCAUCAGCUGAAUUCAGACUUGGUUUGUGACCCAAAACUUAAUGGUGACUGCAGCAAUGUUAAAACAGGAAAGCUUUCCCACUAAGAUGAAAAGAUCAUGUGGCAGUAAGUUACUGAUCUAUUGAUACCAGAUUAUGAGGUCACCCAUUAAGGUACGGAACAACUCAGCAUAGUUCCUGAACUGUCAUCCCUUGUCUUGAGAUACAUCAUUUGAGUAAAAUUCCAAUGCUGUCAUUAGUUAGAAUGUCGAUUUUGACUGGUGACACUUCAUAAUGCCAACAUCCAAAAUAAGGGUUCAUAUGAAAGAUUUACUAAAUUCUUCCUGUAUGCCUAGUGAGAAAGUUAACAUAUUGCUGCCAUUUUAUGGAUUCUGAAGAGAAAUCAGAUGCUGUAGAAUUUUGAAAGUAAUGUAUCACAUUAAAAUUAUGGUGUGGUUUCUUCACCACUACCUGCCAGAAAAAAAUACAAGUAUUUCUUGAGUCCCAUAGUAAGAGGUGGGAACUACUUCUCUAACACAAAACAGACUCUGUAUUUUCACUUCACUGGAAAAGGGAAUUUUUGUCUAACUUUAGCACAACUGGGGGUGUUCUCCCAUUCAAAUCAGUUAUCAUUUUACUGCUGACUUUACAGACCACUGGUGUUAUAAUAGGAUGCUUAGAAACAUACCACUGAAGAGUGAACAGAAGAGAAUGCUCCACACCAACACACUCAAGAUUGAGUCCUGCUCAACCCUAUCAUCCUGUGUGCUUCACUUCUCUUACCUACAAAGUUGAUUUCUGACUCUGAGUAACAUUUCUGCAUAUGAAGCUGGGCCCAUAAGCCAGUUGAACUCAGCAUGAAAUCUAAAGGUUGAGUAUUAUUACUUCAACAGUUCUGAUGGUAAAAUUUUCCAACAACAGGGCUAGAAGAGCUGUACAGAAGUACAUGUAUAUGUGUAAGUAUCAAUAAUAUAUACCUUCCUCCUAGCGAUAAAUGCACUAGGACAUAAGCCAAAGAUUUUCUUCUAUGCUGUUUCUGUCUUAGGGAACAUACAAAGGAAAUCAAAGCAUGGUAUCAGAGUUUACAAAAUUAAAGAAUAAACUGUUGUAUGUACAGACUAAAUGUAUAUUUUAAUUAGAUACAGACAUACAGCUGAGCCUCCUAGUGUACACAGAUGAGUACUUUGACUAGGAAUUGAUUUGUUAAGUUCAGAUGCACUAAUCAGCACAAGUGCUGUGUUACCCCUCUAAACAAAACACUGGAAAAAGAAAGAGUAUUUCAUACCUUUUCACCACUUGCAGUAUUGUUGCUAAUGAGACUAGUGUGGUUCCCUACUGUUAUCUCAAAGUGUCAUGUUUUCUUUGCAUCUUCAAGCAGCACUGAAAUAUUAUUUGUUAAAAAAGUUUAGCACAUCCAUCCAUCCAUCUAUCCAGGCUUAACAGGGCAUGUCAAAAGAUGCCAAAGGGGUAAAGAGGUUAUUCCAAAACAACUAAAAUUGUUAAACUGCAAAGAAAAAUUCAGAGAGCAUUGAACUACACAGAAAUUCUGACUCGCCUGCACAGAGGAAAUGCCGUGGAUCAUGUUCCUCCAUUAGUUCAGCAGAGAAGGGGAGAAAGGAGCAAGAGCGCAGCCUCCCUGGUACGAGGGAAAAUGCAUCUGCCUCAAGUAAUUGUGUGCAGUAACACCUACAGUGAAUGUACACACAUACAACCCUUGAUGGAAAAUUCAUACUGUGUAUCAUGCAACAUGAUGGUUUCUUUGUUGUCUUUUGAUUAUUUACUAGUGAAUAAAAUAAACCAGAGAUGGUGUUUCUCUGAUGUUUUGGGGGUUUAUUAAUAAUAUGCAAUUAGUUUAAAAAUUCCUCAGUUUAUGCUAGCGUUUACUCAAUUUUGAUGUAUUUUUAUGACAAACAACAGCAUAUAAACCUAUUAAUCUAACUGUAAAUUUUAUAAUAUACCUUCUGUACUACCACAGUGAGGCAAGACCUGGCCUUUACUCUGUAUGAAUACUUUUUUGUGCAUAUGAUCUGGAAUAACAUGUAGCUUUCAUUAAAGAAGUUGUCUGUGAGGUUAAUAACAUGAA